CGCCAUGCCGUACUACCGCACCUGGGAGGAGUUCACCCGAGCGGCCGAGAAGCUUUACCAGGCCGACCCCAUGAAGGUUCGUGUUGUGCUGAAAUACAGACAUUGUGAUGGGAACCUCUGUAUUAAAGUUACAGAUGAUGUAGUGUGCUUACUGUAUAGGACGGACCAGGCUCAGGACGUCAAGAAGAUCGAGAAAUUCCACAGUCAGCUGAUGCGGCUAAUGGUUGCCAGGGAAUCCCGCAGUGCUGCCAUGGAAACAGACUGAAUGUCUGAAACUGAGGAGAGAAGGGGCUGCUGCGGUCACACUACACCGUGGCCGGGGAGGGGUGGGGGGUAAGAAGAUUGAGAAAAGGGACAGUUAGAGGUCUGGAGUAACUGAGCUGCCACACAUGCAGGGAGUUGCUCAGACGGAGGCAGAAGAGUGCUAUGCUUUCAGUGGAAAGCUUCUAUUUAUUUUGUUUGGGAUUUGUACUAAGGAAAAUGGAUCUUUCUUCCAAAAACAGAUGUAUUGAGCAUGUCAUGGACCGACUUUAUUUUAUUUUUUUUUCUUUUAAAUAUAGAAAUGGUAUAAAAUGAUAUCAAUAGAAUAAAUUCCCUUAGUCAUC